AUGACUGAGGACAACUGCUCCUUGACAACCGAGUUUAUCCUCACAGGAUUUACAAAUCACCCAGAGCUGAAGACCCUUCUGUUUCUGGUGUUCCUUACUAUCUAUCUGAUCACCAUGGUGGGAAACCUUGGUCUGGUGGCACUGAUCUUUACAGAGCAUCGUCUUCACACACCAAUGUACAUCUUUCUGGGUAACCUCGCUCUGAUGGAUUCCUGUUGUUCCAGUGCCAUCACCCCCAAGAUGCUACAGAACUUCUUCUCUAAGGACAGAAUGAUUUCCCUGUAUGAAUGCAUGGCACAAUUUUAUUUUCUCUGCCUAGCUGAAACUGCAGACUGCUUUCUCCUUGCAGGAAUGGCCUAUGAUCGCUAUGUGGCCAUCUGCAACCCACUGCAGUACCACACCAUGAUGUCAAAGAAACACUGCAUUCAGUUGUCCACAGGGGUGUAUAUGGCUGGAAUCCUAAAUUCUAUGAUUCAUGUUGGGCUUCUGUUUAGGUUAAAUUUCCGUGGGUCUCAUCAAAUCAAUCACUUCUUUUGUGAUGUGCUUCCAUUAUACCGGCUCUCCUGUGUUGACCCUUAUAUCAAUGAACUGAUGAUAUUUAUCUUUGGAGGGUUAAUUCAAAUUUUCACUGUUAUCACUGUAAUAAUUUCUUACCUUUUCAUCCUUUUGACAAUUUUCAAAAUGAAAUCCAACAAGGGCAGAGGGAAAGCCUUAUCUACUUGUGCAUCCCACUUUCUCUCUGUCUCGAUAUUCUAUGGUUCUCUUCUCUUCAUGUACAUUCGACCAAAUUCAGUUAAAGAAGAAGACAAAGAUAUACCUAUUGCUACUUUCUAUACUUUAGUGAUUCCUUUAUUAAAUCCUUUUAUUUAUAGUUUAAGAAAUAAGGAAGUAAUAAAUGUCAUGAAAAAAAUUAUGAAGAUGUCAUAA